AAAAUGACCAACCAACCAACAGACACUCGCCGAUCCGUUUCCACACCCAUGGCACGCAGUUCUGGCUGGUCAUGGAAGAACUACGAGCGUCCUGGACUAAUGCAGGAUGAGAUCGAGGAGGUGAAAGCUGCUUUCGACUUGUUCGACGUGGAUGGCACGCAACGAAUCAAUCCCAAGGACCUACGUGCCUGCAUUCAAUCGCUGAAUUUGCGGCGGAACCAGGUGGUCCAUCAUUUGCUGAAUGAUUUGGAGCGCUUUGGGUCCAAGCCUUUGGACUUCAAGGGCUUCCUGGACAUCAUGACGGCCAAGAUGGGGGAACGAGACACCAAAGAGGACGUGUCGAAGGUCUUCCGCUUGUUUGACGAUGACCGCUCGGGCACCAUCAGCCUGAAGAACUUGAAGAGAGUCGCUCGAGAGCUUGGGGAGCAGCUGCCAGCGGAGGCAUUGGAGGAGAUGAUCUCGCGAGCUGACUCGGAUGCAGAUGGGGAGGUGACGCUUGAUGACUUCUACGUGCUCAUGACUGAAAAGACGUUUCCCUACUAAGCACUAGCAGCCACGGGCUGUAAGUGGAUGGAUCGCCGCUAAUUGAAGACAUUGAGAGCUCU